AUGGGACAUAGACGGGGCCGCAUCACCAAAAGUCACCAUUUGAUGAACCUGGAGGAGGCUGUAGAGGAAGGACCUAUGGCUGUCUACAUGUCACGCCCAUCCUUUUGCAAAGAACACAGUGGAGAGAUGCUCAAGCUCUUUUGUGAGACAUGCGACAAAGCUGUAUGCAGUGAUUGCACAGUUGUUAAGCAUCAGGGUCACAAAUUUAUUUCUGUGAUUGAUGCAUUUGGAAAUGGAAAAAACGAUGUGAGGAAAAUUCUCUCAAAAACAAAAGCUCAAGUAUCCACCCUCAAGGAUGCCCUGGACUGUAUUUCAGCAAUGAAGAGAAGCAUCGAGUCUCAAGUAGAAAAAACUGUUCAAGAGAUUGGAGAACGAUUUCAGGACUUGACUGUUAGUCUUAACACUCGUCAGGAGGAACUGGUAAAUGGAGUACAAGAGCUCAAGAAAGCAAAACUAAACACUUUGCAAAAUCAGCAAGAAGAAUUGAAAUUGGCAAAUUGGCCCUAGAC